AUGGUGCUCAAUCUGUACGGAAACCAGAUCAACAAACUCCCCUUGAAAGGCUUCCGAGAUCUUGUCAACCUCCGGUUCCUGAUGCUGGGCCAGAACCAAAUCUCUACCAUCAAUCCUGAAAUGCUGGUGGGCUUGAGGAACCUGUCGGAUCUAGACAUGCCAGUGAACUCCAUCACAGCCCUUCCUGACAAUUGCUUUAAGCCCCUGGUUUCCCUCAAAGUUCUGGAUUUGGCCUUGAACCGCAUUCAAAAGCUCUCACCCAAAUCCUUUGAGGGGCUCCGGGAGCUGAUGUUCCUCAACCUGGACAACAACAGCCUGAAGACAAUCCCUCGCGGUGUUUUCCGACCCCUGGUCUCACUACAGACUCUGGUACUGGACAAUAAUCUGCUGGGCACUCCGAGUGCUUCCAUGUUGGAGGGUCUCUCUGCCCUGAAAGAGCUGUACUUGAGGAACAAUGAGAUCCAGAAGCUACCAAGGAACUUCUUCAAGCACACCCUGGGGCUGACCCAGCUCGCUCUGAGUGGGAACCGCCUGGUUGCUCUAGAUGGGACUUCGCUGGCCCAGCUGCCAGCUCUCCGAGACGUGUUCUUGCAAGACAACCCCUGGCGCUGCAACUGCGGGGUCGCAUCUCUUGUGCGCUGGAUUUCACAGAGCACGGCCAGAUCUUCAACCCUGGGAGUGCUGAGGUGUGCCGCUCCGCCGGCACUGCAGGGCAAACCUUUCCAAAGCCUCGUCGCCGACAACCUGAAGUGCAAGGCCUGA